CCCAUUCUCCUUGCGUGCGAGCUUGGCAGGUUCUUCCUUUGUCUCUGGGGAAUUCCAGGAUCUCGGUGCGGAGACGUUGCUGCUCCGGAGCGUGCGGCUUGUGAGUCGGGGACGCUGCUGGCCCCUUGGGCUGGGAUCGGAGAUGCCCAAACGAGGGAAGAAGAAGGAAGAUGGAGUCAUUCCGGAAGAGAAGGAGGAGGUGGCAGAGCCAGAGCCUAAGAAGGGUAAGAAAGGCGGAGCGAAGGCUGAGAAGGAGGCCGAUGGCCCGAUCAUGUACCAGGACCCUCCGGAAAAACUCUCCUCUCCUAGCGGCAAGAAGUACACGUUGAAGAUCACCUCCUGGAAUGUUGAUGGCAUCCGUGCCUGGUUCAAGAAGAAGGGCCUGGAGUGGGUGCGCGAGGAAGACCCCGACGUGCUCUGCCUGCAGGAAACGAAGUGUGCCGAGAAACAGCUGCCCGCGGACAUCCGGGAGAUGGCGGAAUAUCCCCACAAGUACUGGGCCUGUUCAGAUGACAAGGAGGGGUACAGCGGAGUGGCCCUGCUCUCCAAGGUCAAGCCCAUCGACGUCACGUACGGGAUCGGUGAGGAGGAGCAUGACAAGGAAGGCCGCGUGAUCUCGGCCGAGUUCCCCUCCCACUUCCUGGUGACCGCCUACGUGCCCAACUCUGGCCGGGGGCUGGUGCGGCUGGAGUACCGCCAGCGCUGGGACAAGGCCUUCCGGGCUUACCUCCAAGGGCUGGGCGCCCGCAAGCCCCUGAUCCUGUGCGGCGACCUCAAUGUGGCGCACCAAGAGAUCGACCUCAAGAACCCGAAGGGCAACAAGAAGAACGCGGGCUUCACACCGGAAGAGCGGGCGGGCUUCGGCCAGCUGCUGGAGGCCGGCUUCACCGACACCUUCCGCCACCUCUACCCCGAUGCUCCCUACGCCUACACCUUCUGGACCUACAUGAUGAACGCCCGGGCCAAGAACGUCGGCUGGCGGCUCGACUACUUCCUGGUAUCCGGCGGGCUGCUGGAGGGCCUGUGCGACAGCAAGAUCCGCUCCAAGGCCCUGGGGAGUGACCACUGCCCCAUCACCUUGUAUCUGGCUGUGUGAUGGGAUGGGAGGGGGAGCCGCGGGUGGAAAAACCCCGUGUGCACACCCUCACGACAGUGGCUUGACUUCUCUAUCGUGGCAGGGGAGCCAGAGAUGCCGAUAGGGUUUGCCAGCUCCUGACCCGGAAGAGAGGCCGUUCCCGGGCUAACCAGACGAUGGUAACCCUUCGUCUAAUUUCGGACGUUUGUGUAUCCCCUUCUUUCCCUCUGCCUGCUACAGCAAGCAAUGCCUCUCCACUCCAGAGUCCAGAAGGAUGAGAUACUCGGAUGCCGAAGAAGCCAUGCCGCCUCUUUCUUCCCCACAGCAAGGCCACGGGACUUCCGGCUCAGAACCUGGCAGACCCACACGCGGGGAUUCCCAAUGUGGGAGGCUUGAUUGAGGCCGUGGUAGGGGAAGGCAGGGAAUCGCUACUGAAUUUCUUUUUCCCACUUGACAGACCUCCCUUAUUGUUGCUCUAAAUCACUGGAGUUCUCUAAUUUUGUAUCUAACAACUGGUUUUUUUCUCUCUCCUUAAAAGGCACUCUGCCCUAUCCAGUUUCCUGCUUUUAGGAGGCUUGGUGCUGUAAGAAAGUUUCU